AUGGGGCCACCGACCCCCCCGGGCCCCGCAGCCCCACGCAGCGGCGUGGCUGGGGGUGCGGGCUUGGAGCCAUCCCCCUGCCGGCACGCAGGCGGGGCACAGCGCUACGAGCGCGGGAGCCGUGAGCGCCUACAGCCCCGCACUACCCGGGGCCGCGGGACGCACCGCGGACCCCCCGGCAGCCCCACGGGUGGGUCGGCGGCGGGGGCCGCUGGGUUCAGGGCAGCGGAGGCGGCCUGGCCGGCGGAUUGCCCGGCCCAAGCGCUGCGGGCCGCGGCGGAACGGGCCGGGGUGCGGAUCGUCCUCCUCAAUACCCCUCCCGGGGACCAGGAGGCGGGCGAGAUGGGGCUGGCGGCCGUGCCCGGUCGGCAGGCCGCCUUCCGGCAGGGCCUGGCGGCGGCGGUGCAGUACGCCAGGGCGGUGGGCUGCCCCAGGAUCCACCUGGUGGCUGGGCGGGUUCCCCUGGGCGCAGACCGGGCAGCAGUGGCAGGUGAGAUGGAAACCACCUUCAUUGAGAACCUCAAAUAUGCUGCUGACCUCCUGGCCCAGGAAGACAUGAUUGGACUGGUGGAGCCUAUUAACAACCGCAUCACUGACCCUCGCUACUUUCUGAACACCCCGCACCAAGCUGCUGCCAUCCUGGAGAAGGUGGGACGACCCAAUCUGAAGCUGCAGCUGGACCUCUUCCACUGCCAGAUCAUGGAUGGGAAUUUGUCACGUAACCUGGAGACAUACUUCCCGCUCAUUGGUCAUAUCCAGAUCGCACAGGUGCCAGGGCGGCACGAGCCCGACAGCCCUGGGGAGCUGAACUUCCCCUACAUCUUUGAGCUCCUGGAGUCCCUUGGCUACACUGGCUACGUGGGGUGCGAGUAUGCCCCAAAAGGAGACACGCUGGAAGGUCUGGGUUGGCUGCGCUCGUACUGGGAGAGCCGAGGCCUGCAGCCCAGCGGGACCAGCAAGGCAGCAGAGUAAAACAAGGAAAACACUGGAAUAAAUGUUAAGGCAUGUCCUUGA